UCCCAACCCAGUUGGAGAUGGCACAAGAAUAUUGCAUAAAGGCUUCCAAUGUACUAAAAAAUGUUGUAGGAACAAUGGUUGGCAAAGAUAAAAAAAAGCCAAAGGUUGUUAUAGAUGAGAUUGAAGAGGAAGAGGAAGAGGAAGUUCAAACACAUAGGGAUAUUCCACCUGUUACAGAGAAAUAUGUUUUGAGGGAUACUAUUACAAUCAAGAUUGAUAUAUUUGAUAGUUUGCUUAAGGAUCACUCCAAGAAGCAUAAAGAUCUGAAGGUGAAAUUGUGUUUGAUGUUGCAAUUUGUUGAAGAAUUCAUGGGGACUCUUCUAGAAGUUGUUAAAAAAACAAAAUGCAAGAAAUGAGGAUGAUGGGA